GCCCGGCCUCCGGGGCUGCGGCAGCGGUGGCUGCGCCUGCGCAGAGCCGAGCGCUCUGUGGCCGGGACCGCGGUUGAGGGGGCGCGAACAGCAAAGGGGUACGAACAGCAAGUAGCCGGCGGAUGGCUUUGCGGGAUCUGGCAGGCUCGGGGCCGUGCUCCCGCGGGCCGCUGGCGGAGGCGGCGGAGGCGGCGGCGGAGGAUCGCGAGGCGCCGCCCUUGGUGGCGACUGGAGCCACGCCGGAGGAAGAUGAAGAAGAGGACGGCCGUGGCCCGGGCCUGCUGCGUUGGGAUGGCUUCUCGGCCUGGCUGCACUGCGUGUGUGUGGUGGGCUUCGACCUGGAGCUGGGCCAAGCCGUGGAGGUAAUUUAUCCUCAACAUUCCAAACUUACUGAUAGAGAAAAAACCAAUAUUUGCUAUUUGUCUUUUCCAGAUUCAAAUUCAGGUUGUCUUGGAGAUACCCAGUUUUGUUUUAGAUUUCGACAGUCUUCUGGGAGAAGGGUGUCACUGCAUUGUUUCCUGGAUCAGUUUGACAAAGAUUUACCAGUUUAUCUAAAGAAGGAUCCUGCUUAUUUUUAUGGAUAUGUAUAUUUCCGACAAGUUCGAGACAAAACUCUAAAAAGAGGCUACUUUCAGAAGUCCUUGGUUUUGAUCAGCAAACUACCUUAUAUCCAUUUUUUCCACACUGUACUCAAACAGAUAGCACCAGAGUAUUUUGAAAAGAGCAAACCUUAUUUGGAAGCAGCUUGCAAUGAUGUUGAUCGAUGGCCUGCUCCAGUGCCAGGGAAAACAUUAUACCUGCCUAUUAUGGGGGUGGUAAUGAAGGUACGGAUUCCCACAUGUCAUGACAAACCUGGGACAACUCAAAUAGUGCAGUUAACUCAGCAGGCAGACACACACAUAUCUGUUGUUUUACCUACUGUUCAUGAGGUAGAUCUUUUCAGAUGCUUCUGCCCAGUUUUCCUUCAUAGUCAGAUGCUUUGGGAGCUAGUGCUGUUGGGGGAGCCCCUUGUGGUCAUGGCACCGUCACCUUCAGAGUCCUCAGAGACCGUAUUGGCACUUGUUAACUGUAUUUCUCCAUUGAAGUACUUCAGUGAUUUCCGACCUUAUUUCACUAUUCAUGAUAGUGAAUUCAAAGAAUAUACUACCCGUACUCAAGCCCCGCCUUCAGUCAUAUUAGGAGUAACCAACCCCUUUUUUGCAAAAACACUUCAGCACUGGCCACACAUUAUUCGAAUAGGAGACCUUAAACCAGCAGGUGAAAUUCCUAAGCAGGUUAAAGUGAAGAAAUUGAAGAACCUAAAGACGCUGGAUUCUAAACCUGGAGUUUAUACUUCUUAUAAGCCAUAUCUAAGUAGAGAUGAAGAGAUCAUAAAACAAUUACAGAAGGGUGUACAACAGAAACGUCCUUCUGAGGCUCAGAGUGUUAUUCUGCGACGCUAUUUCUUGGAACUGACACAAAGUUUCAUCAUUCCAUUAGAAAGAUAUGUGGCAAGCUUGAUGCCUUUGCAGAAAAGUAUUUCUCCAUGGAAGAGUCCACCUCAAUUAAGACCAUUCCUUCCAGAAGAAUUUAUGAAAACACUUGAGAAAACAGGACCUCAGUUGACCUCUAGAAUAAAAGGCGAUUGGAUUGGACUUUACCGGCAUUUUCUAAAAUCCCCAAAUUUUGAUGGUUGGUUCAAGACCCGGCGGAAGGAAAUGACCCAGAAAUUGGAGGCACUCCAUCUAGAGGCUCUUUGUAAAGAGGAUUUACUUCUCUGGACCCAGAAACACACAGAAGUAGAAACAGUAGACCUUGUAUUGAAACUAAAAAGUAAGCUGCUGCAGGCUGAUCGAGAGCAUUUACCUGUGAAACCUGAAACCAUGGAAAAGUUACGGACACACAUAGACGCAAUUAUCUUGGCAUUGCCAGAGGACCUGCAAGGCAUACUACUCAAAACAGGCAUGACGUGAUAUCUGCCAGGAUUCUCCAGCCAAAAGGACUGUGUGUGCAUCAUGAAGUAUACUGACAUUUCAGUUGGACUCACAAAGGAGAUCUGGAGUGGAAGAUAGCUGUAAAUGCUAGCUACAGGGUGGAAAGGCUGUUCUGACUUUUUAGUGCAUUAUUUUAAAAAAAUGGAUAUCUGAAGGCAUUUCUAUAUUUUUAAUCGUGUUCUAAAGUGCUCUUAUGAGAGACCUGUGGGGCCAUCAGUAUAAGUGAUUCCAAACUGCAGUGCUGGCACUGCCAAUAUUUUUUUAAAUUGGUGCUGCUUUGCCCAAUCAUGUUCAACUCAGGGGGAUAUAAAAAUAGCAUUCACACUGGCUAUCUUCUUAAGAAGAAGGAAAAGACUGAACUGUCCGACUGUAGUUAGAAGUAAUUAAUGCUUUUGUAGUGCCUUCUGUUGUCCUACAUGUUUCACAAAACCCAGCUGCUAGUCUUGAAGCUUCUUCUUGAUUAUGAUAUGUAAUUAUGUAAGGCAUACUUUUGCAUAAUUGCUUAAAAAACAAUAUGUUUCUUGCUUCCCAUCAUGUUAUUAGUAGUGGCAUGGUAUUUUUUUUCCAAUUGUCAUGUAUGUUUCAUUUCAUUUUUAUUUUUAUUUAUUGAUUUGAGAGAGAGAGAAAGAUGGAAAGAGAAAGAAAAGAAAGAAAGAAAGAAAAAGAAAGAAAGAAAGAAAGAAAGAAAGAAAGAAAGAAAGAAGGAAAGAAGGAAAGAAAGAAGGAAGGAAGAAAGGACAGAAAGAGAGAAAAAUCCUUUUGUUGUUCCACUUACUGAUGCAUUCAUUGGUUACUUUCUUGUAUGUGCCCUGACUGGGGAUUGAACCCACAACCUUGAUAUAUCAGGACAAUGCCCUAAUCAACUGAGCUACCUGCCCAAGGCCUCUCAUUAUUUUUUAUACCAUUUUCAAAUUUAAUCAGUUUCUCUGAAGGCAAGAAGGCAUCUCAUAUUAAUUAUGGAAGAGUAAAUUCCAUUCUAACCUUUAUUAAUUGCUUCCUUUUUAAGUUAAUUAGUUUGUAUGUUUUUCAGAGACAUUUAAUUAUAAACCUCAUAAUCAGCUACUUUUUAAACUGAAAUAUUCUUAAAGACAUUCAUAAACAUUUUAUAUCACAGUCACUUGAGUGAUUAUAAGAUUUUCAGCAUUAUGUUUGUUAGGGUCCUCCCCACCCCAAAAUUAGUAUUUUUCAGAACACUUUUCCUACUGUUGUUUGACUUGGGAACUUUUGCCUGAAUCACUGUUAUAGCUAGUUUUUUGUUUCUGUUUUGUUUUUUGUUUUUUUACACUACCUUGCCAAAAAUAGAAGAUUGUGGUUUGGUUUACUCUACCAAAGGUGUUUGGUGGUUUACUCUACCGAAAGUGUUUGGUUUGUGUUAGAAGAGGAGUGUCCUACAGAAGCCACUGUUUAAAAUAGGCACAUAAGACAUUAGCACAUAUGUAAAUAGCUGCUUCUUGAAUUACCCUCCAAGUAAACAAACAAAUUUAGUUUUAUGUGUUUGUAAAAGAAAUGGCUUCAGAAGCUAUCCUUUUCUGUUAAUAUAACUCCUGGCUCAAGAAAAGCUCCUUGUGUUUGUAACUGUGGUCUAUACUCAAAUAUGCUCUUUUCUCAUGGGUAUAGUCUCUUAAAGCAUACCUCAAAGUCAGAGAAUAUGGCAUUUGAAAGAAAUGAUUUGUUUCAGAUCAUAUGAGUUAUUUUGUGAAACAGCAGUUACCCUGUGGAAAAGGGACAACUACUUUUAAAUUGCUAAAGCAUUUCAUAUCUUUUUGGGAAACCCUAUUUAGAUAUAAAUGAUCAUCUUAUUAUUUUUUCAAAAGGUAUAUUUUAAUAAUCUCACAAUUUAUAUGCACUUUGUCACUAGAAUUUAAAAGUUGUUAGUGUCAUAUCAAGGAUAUUUUAAAUUACUACAGAACGUAUCAUUUCAAGUUUGUUUAGCAUAGCUAAUGAGUAUCAAAUGAUGCCAAUUAGCAUCAUGAUUAUCUUUAUAUUUACUAUAUUUAAAUAAAACCUAACGAACAUUGAAAACCCUAACAUACUUAACCUGGUUUAUCUAUUAAUUUCAAAUUGCUUGUAAAAAUAAUUUAAAAUUGCACUGGGUAUCCAAGAAAGACUGACUGGUAACUUAAUUUUGGGGUGAUUUUCAGAGUUAUCCUCCUUCCCUACCCCUCCCCCCCCUUUUUAGGAGACAUUGUUAAGCUCUAAAACCUGCCAUUUAAUGUUUAUCUCCACCAGCAUCAGAAGAAAUCACUGCUUUCAGGGUGUUAUGUAAUGCCUAGUGCCUUCUGUUUUCAUUGAAAAAAGAGGUUUUGUGAAGGCAUUUAUGGUCAUUACUGAAAACCGAAUUAAAGGCCUUUGAUUUUAAAACACUUGAAUAUCUUGCAUUAUUUCUGAAUAAGGUUGGAAUGCUUUAAAAAAUGCACAGUAAAUGAAAUGUGCAUUAUGGGAUUCCUUUUACUUCCUAACUU